CAGCUUGCUUGUUGUCAAUCGGGAUCAGUUUUGUUUAGUACGUGGUGAAGUGUUCUGUGAUAAUGCUUGUGUUUCUCUGAUAACAACUUUGCAAGAUGAGCAAUCGCAGCAGUACCAAGAAUCUGAAAUUUAAAUUGAUAACUACCCAUCAUUUCAAGAGAGAAAGAGUGAUGCAAGCAGCAGGAAAGCUACAUACAGAAAUGAAGUCAAUGCACUAAGUUCCACUUCCAUUGCCAGAAUGGAGCCCUUGCGUGCCUAAACGUGCCUUCUUUCACCCAACAAAUCGAAAGUCCGCAACUUCCGCGUGGCUGUGCCAAAUUUUUAUUUUUUAAACGGAGAGUAUUUAUUUAGCAAUUUAAGAUGAUAGGCCCGCUUCUAAAGCAACUGGCCUUAGCCGCAAUAAUUUUUAUAGGUCUUCCAAAUAGGAUGACGUCAGAACUAUUAUUCUCUACACAUAAAUUAAGUCUUCUAGUCAAUGAAACAAAUUCAUUUUCUGUCAGUUUAUCGCAACCUGUAAAGGAGGUCAUAACUGUGCAAUUAGUAGUAAAGAAUCCAACUAAAAUUAAAUUAAGUGAAACUAGUUUUAAUAUAUUACCAAGUAAUGAUGGAGCCCACCAAUUGGAAGUCACUGGUUUAUCACCAGGGCUUACAACAAUAUCAGCCAAUGUUUCUCGUAAUGCCGUCAGUACAAUGCAUGCUGUGACAGAAGUCUAUGUUCAGCAUUCUGUAAUUCUUUCCUAUGUCAGCUUUGUCAUUGGUUGGUUGUACUUUGCUGCAUGGUCAAUUUCAUUUUAUCCUCAACUAUAUACAAAUUACACCCGAAAAAGUGUCGUUGGUCUAAAUUUUGAUUUUCUGAUGCUGAAUCUAAUUGGAUUCACCCUGUACUCAGCAUUCAAUCUCGGGCUUUAUUUUUCACCUACAUUCCAAGAGGAGUAUUUCCAAGCCAACCCUGGAGGUCUAAUUCCUGUGGAGCCAGCAGAUAUUUUCUUUUCUGUUCACGCUACAAUUAUUACGCUUUUUACAAUUUUUCAAUGUUUUAUUUAUGAGAGGCGAACCCAACGAGUAUCUUAUACAGCCUUAGGCUUAGUGUCUAUUUAUGCUGUUAUCCUGGUAGUCAGUGCCUGUUUUACUGCUUACAGUAAGCUCACAUGGCUCGAUUUUCUGUAUAUUUGCUCAUACAUCAAACUAUCCAUCACCCUCAUCAAAUACAUUCCUCAGGCUUACAUGAACUAUCAGCGGAAAAGUACAAUGGGCUGGAGCAUUGGAAAUAUCAUACUGGACUUUACAGGAGGGACAUUGAGCAUGGGUCAAAUGCUCAUCAAUGGAUACAAUUAUGAUGAUUGGAAAUCUAUUUUCGGUGAUCCAACGAAAUUUGGAUUAGGAUUUUUCUCUGUCGUGUUCGACAUAUUUUUCAUGAUUCAACAUUAUGUUUUGUACAGGGGCUUAGAACCAUAUGAACCACUCCCUGGCACCGACACUGAAAAUUCAGAAAGACCAAAUAUUCCCUCUGAAUCCCCUGUGAUAGCAGAUGAGAAUGACUGUGAUACUGCUCAGACAGACUAAAUUGUUCAGGUAAGUAUGCCGCAGUUGCAAUUGGUUUUUAUUUUCUGUCAGACUGAGGUGCCAUUUUUUUUUUUCAUGAAUUUCAUAAUUUCAAUGUUUUUGGUUUGCCCCUUUAUUUGUUAUAAUAAUUCAUUAGACAGCUAAGUAGGUAUUCUAGUUUUGUCUUUUUGAAAAAUUGUAAGUAAUAAUUUUGGAAUCUGCUUCCAGACUGCUAGUUUAUAAGAUAAGUUUCACUGUUGGUUUUUUCUCAUGAUUUCUUUGAACUAAGCGAAUGGACAAACUGAUGAAUUAUUGGACUUUUUGGAAUGAAAUGUUUUCUAAGUUUUUUUUUCCACCUAAACCCAUUUUGUAAAAAACGUACUUCUUUGGGUGAAAUUUUUAUGAAGCCUGCAUGCUAGUGUAUUUGUCUUGUUAUUAGUCUGAUACGUGGAACCAAUGAAAUUCAAUAGUAGUCCAAUUCACUAGCUCUCUAAGAUAAUCAAAAUAAUGUUUCUGGUGGGUAAUUAUUCUCCUUGUUUGCACCAAAAAUUUAGUAUACACUCAAAUAUUUAUACCCAAAAUAUUUUCUCUUUAUUCACAUGUAUAUUAUCUUUUUUAAUCUUUUUUUUGGCUGUGAAUUUCUAUUUGUGAAGUCAUUCAGGAAACCAAAUAUUUACACCCAUAACUAAGAAUUAUUACUCUUUUACUCUCAUUAGAAUUAUGUACUUUUAUAUUGAGUUUUCAGUUUGAUCACUCCGUCAAUUUUUACUUUGAAUAUUUUUUCAAGCCUCUUAUUUUAUUUUAAAGGUCGAAAUAGUGGAAAACAGAACAUUCAAAAUAAAAUAAUCCAAGUACAAAACACAACAAGUUAACAAACACAACAGCGUAUUCUUUUUGAAAGAAAAAAUGAAAGAUUGAACCAAUGAAUAAUUUUCAAAAUUGGUCAUUUUACACCCUGUAGGAUAAACAUUAUACUUCUCUUUCAAUAAGACAUAAGACCUUCAGUAUAGAUUUUCUCUCUUCAUUAUGUGCUAGAUCAUUCUUAUUUGUACUUGUGUGAGUAUUUACUAAUUUAUGUAAGUCUACCUUUUUUUCACAAGCAAUACCAAUGUAAAAAUACCAACGCAUUUUAAA